GUGUCAGGUGAUCUCGAGCUAGGAGCCGAGCCCAGCCGAGCGGUGUAGCAGCCGCUGCUGCCGCUGCCGAAGGAAAAUGCAAAAUGGCACAUUGGGGAUGUGAGGGAUUCUGCUGCUCGCUUGCUCGGCCCAGACCCACCGCAUCCUCUCUCCGCAGUUCGCGGGCAGGCAUGCAGCUGUAGGUCCCUGCCGGGUUGCCCCCCGGUACCCUAGCCAAAGUGGUGGUGAUUCGGCAGCGACUGCUGCCGGAGCAGGGGGGGUGGGGGGGGAGCGACGAGAGAAGGUGUUUCCUCUCGGCUCCCCCCCACCCCGACCCCCCCUCCCCUGCCUCCUCCUCCUCCUCCUCUUCUCCCUCCCCCUCCCCCUCCCCUGCCUCCUCCCCCUCUUCUGCCUUCUUCUCCUCCUCCUCUCCUCUACCUCCUCCUCCUCCGGCUCCCCACACCCCGCUCCAUAGUGAAACAUGGGACUGUGCUACAGUCUGCGGCCACGGCUCUUUGGGGAUCCCAGCGGCUCCACUUCCAACGCCACGACCUCGGAAUCGGAGCCGCCGCCACCACAGCAGCAGCAACAGCUGCCCCAGCAGCAACCGGACCGCACCGCCCUGCCAGCGCUAAGCUCCGGAGAGCUUCGCCGUCCCGGGGACCCGCGGGCAGCGGCUGCAGCCAGGACUGGGGGUGGAGAAGGAGGCGGUGGUAGCAGCAACGGUGGAGGCUGCGUGGGGGAGGCGGCGGUGUCAACAGAAGCUGCGGGGUCGCUCCGCCGCGGGGACGUAGCGGGCAAGCAGCUGUGCGCUGGGGACCGGGACGGAGCGCUAGUUCUGCAGAACGGUGGCGGUGGCGGCGGCGGCGCUGGGAAUGGGGCGACGGAGCGGCAGCAGAAGCAGCCGCAGCAGCCCAAGCAGCAGCCGACGAAGCAGCAGCAGCAGUCUAAGCAGCAGCAGCAGAAACAGCAGCAGCAGAAGCAGCAGCAGAAACAGCAGCAGCAGCAGAAACACGGCAAGCAGAAGCAGCAGCCGCUCAAGCAACACUGGGACAAGCUGCGCGUGGAGGAACGCGAGGCCGAGAGGGAAGCGAAGAAAGUGAGCAAGAGCAUCGACCGAGCGCUCAAGGAGCAGAAGAGGGAGUACAAACAGACUCACCGACUUCUGCUACUGGGGGCUGGUGAGUCAGGAAAAAGCACUAUUGUCAAACAAAUGAGGAUCCUGCACGUCAAUGGAUUUAAUCCAGAAGAAAAGAAACAGAAAAUACUGGAUAUCCGGAAAAACGUUAAAGAUGCAAUUGUGACGAUAGUUUCAGCAAUGAGCACUUUAAUACCCCCAGUUCCAUUGGCCAACCCAGACAACCAAUUUCGAUCAGACUAUAUCAAGAGCAUAGCCCCUCUUUCUGACUUUGACUAUUCACAGGAAUUCUUUGAUCAUGUAAAAAAGCUUUGGGAUGACGAAGGAGUAAAGGCAUGCUUCGAGAGGUCAAAUGAAUACCAACUGAUCGACUGUGCACAGUACUUUCUAGAAAGAAUUGACAGCGUCAGUUUGAUUGACUACACACCCACAGACCAGGAUCUACUCAGAUGCAGAGUUUUGACAUCAGGAAUUUUCGAAACACGAUUUCAAGUAGAUAAAGUAAAUUUUCAUAUGUUUGAUGUAGGUGGUCAGAGAGAUGAAAGAAGAAAAUGGAUUCAGUGCUUUAAUGAUGUCACUGCUAUAAUCUAUGUCGCAGCCUGCAGUAGCUACAACAUGGUGAUCAGGGAAGAUAAUAACACUAACAGGCUACGAGAAUCCCUGGACCUUUUCAAAAGUAUCUGGAACAAUAGGUGGUUGCGGACCAUUUCUAUCAUCUUGUUCUUAAACAAACAGGAUAUGCUGGCAGAAAAAGUCUUGGCAGGGAAAUCCAAAAUUGAAGAUUAUUUCCCUGAGUAUGCGAAUUAUACUGUUCCUGAAGAUGCAACACCUGAUGCAGGUGAAGAUCCCAAAGUCACGAGGGCCAAGUUCUUUAUCCGGGAUGAAUUUUUGAGGAUAAGCACGGCAACUGGCGAUGGCAAGCAUUACUGCUACCCUCACUUUACUUGUGCAGUGGACACUGAGAACAUCCGCAGAGUGUUCAAUGACUGUCGAGACAUCAUUCAGAGGAUGCACCUUAAACAGUAUGAACUCUUGUGAUUAGGGUCACCAUGGAGCCUGUGGUUUUCAAUUAUCUGCUCCUUUCUCUUUCGCGCGCUCUCUCUCUCUCUUCUCUGUCCUACCCAACACAGGAUGGAAGAAUAUACUCUAGAGUACUUGUUAGCCUCUGGGUCUGUUUACUUUGGUUAUUUAGCCCUGCCCGUCCCUACCCCGGUGUUCAUUUAGAGUGAGUUUUUCUUUUAUUCUUCCUGCUUCUUUGGGACUAGGUCCAGGUUUCCCUUCAGUAUGCCACUCCUUUGUCAUUCCAUUAAGCCUUUGGCUACCUCCAUUUUCCCCUAGGAUUUUUUUUUAAAUUUUCAAACAUAACCUACUCAAUUUUUCCAGUAGGUUAUGUCGACAUAAACUGGUGACUCUUAUCAGGUGGCACUACGGUCAAACCUCUGCAUGUUAGGGGUCCUUUUUUUUUUUAAAACAUGACACUGAAGAGUACUUGAUAGGUGAAAAGAAUAAUGCACUUUGUAUCAGGUUAUUAAAUACUGUUGAGAAAGCAUACACACAAUGUAGCAGCACUAUGAUAUUUAUUAUUCUAUCACAGUUUUUAGCGUUGAGUUGCAGGUUAACUAAUAAAGCGGCCUCCUCUUGUAAGCCGUUUAGCGGCACAGGUCAUAGAGUAGAGCCUGAGAGGCAUGGAGAAGAUAAGCAAUUCCUUUGGGGUUUCAUAGCAGAGUGUCCCUACACACCUCAGAGUUUUGAAUUAAAAGCCACUUCUAGCCUACUGCGUCAAGGCAGAAAAUCUACUCCUCCCUACCCCAAACCAUUUUUUGUUUUGUCCACAAAUGAUCCUUUUAGCUUAGGUCAUUCUUGGACAUCAGUCCUCCCUUUCGCUAUGUAUUUUUUGUUUUAUUGCUGGUUUAUUAUAUUGUACAGACUGUAAAAUGUAAUAUUAUUUUGUACAACUUUAUUGAAGAAAAUACUUGUAGAAGAUCUUUGUGCCUUGAUUAUGGCUGUACCUGUAAA